GUGAGUGGCCCCUCGCCUCAAAGAUGGUGUCUUCUUCAGCGUAGUGUCAGAUAAACACACAGAAAAUGAAAGAUAAACACAUAAUGUCACAGCGACAAGAUGAAAUAUCUGCUAAUUGAAGGUCUGGCUACUGCUGCUAAUUAUUAAAUUGCCUCUGAAGGCGAACAGGAUGGACACCAGCAGAGCCGACGGAGGCUCUUACACGGAUAAUCUCAUUGGGACUUUACUUGCUAUUUUCGGAAAUGUGCUAGUCAGCAUCUCCUUAAAUAUCCAGAAAUACAGCCACGUGACGUUAGCUGGAACCAAGGACCCACGUGCCUUCUACCGCACUAAAACCUGGUGGUGCGGUUUUGUAUUUACCUGCCUUGGCGAGGGAGCCAACUUUGUUUCUUAUGCCUUCGCCCCCCUCGCUCUCGUAGCACCUCUUAAUGCUGUGUCUGUACUCACAAGCUCAAUUUUGGGCCUUAUUUUUCUGCGUGAGAAAACCAAGCCAAAGGAAUUUGCAAAGCGCUAUGGGCUGUCCUUCCUGGGCUGUAUCCUGACCAUGGGAGGAACAUACCUCUUUGUAGCAUUCGGACCAAACUCUCAUGAAAAACUCAAAGCAGAGAACAUUGUGAAGCACAUCGUUGGAUGGCCUGUUCUCUUGUACCUGCUCCUGGAGAUCAUCACGUUCUGCCUGCUUUUAUACUUCUACAAACAGCGCCGCGCAAACUACCUCGUUAUUAUUCUGCUGCUGGUCGCUCUACUGGGCUCGGCCACAGUCAUUUCAGUGAAGGCGGUGUCAAGCAUGUUGGUUCUCACCAUCGAGGGCACCAUGCAGCUGGACUACCCGAUCUUCAGCGUCAUGUUUGUGUGCAUGGUGGCGUCUGUGGUCUUCCAGGCCAGAUUUCUCUCCCAAGCUUGUAAGCUGUAUGACUCCUCUCUGAUUGCCAGUGUCAACUACAUCCUGUCCACCGUCUUUGCCGUGGUAGCUGGAGCUGUGUUUUAUUUGGAGUUUAACAAUGAAGACGUCCUUCACAUCUGCAUGUUUUUGUUGGGAUCUGCGCUCUGUUUCUUGGGGGUCUUUCUCAUCAGCAAAAACAGGAAAAGGACCAAGACCUUUGAGCCAUAUGUCACCAUGAAUAUGACUAAUGGUGUCCCAACUAUUCAUGACAAAGGCCUGGUAGACUUCAAUGGUUCUUUUUCCUAUGGUGCUCUGGUCAACAACGAUGGAGUGGUUCCUGCUACCCUACCAGUCAACCUGGAGCAACCACCAGUCAGCUCUGGAUCCUCUGAAGCAUCUCAUGGCCUGCCUGACCUCAAGAAAGAUUAAAACUAAGUAUUUCUAUUGUUUUUUUGCCUUUUCCCAACACUUUUCACAGACCUUGAAAGGCCAAGAUGGGUACAUGUGUUCUUUUUUUCCACACAUACACAAUAUCAACCUUCAGCCCAGUAGGGGUGUCCACUGUGUGUUUCAGAUGUUCCUUCACUCUGCCCUACACUCCUCUCUUUCCUUUCCAAAAUCUCUAAACCAAAACGUGAUCUUGAGAAUAAUUCCUUUUUUUUAGAUGUUCUAAGCUACUUUCAUUCCAAAAAUGAACCGAGGAAACCUGAAGCUGUUGCAUGUGGUAGUGGAUUUACCAACACGGCAGCAGAAAUAUGACAGCAAAGACGGUGUUGUGCCUUGAAGCUUACUGCCUGUACUCUUUGUUAGCUUUGAGAUGUAAGGACUCACUUCCAUGACUGUUAAAGCAAUUUUGUUCUCAUUAAUGGGAACAAUGGAUCUGUUCUUCCACUGAGUUACUCCUCAAAUUCAGGUUGUUACCAAUGUUGUAUAAAUGUAGCUGCAGACUUCUUCGUACGACUUGCCAAUGAACUUUUGACUUUACACAUGUCCUGUAUGAGCAGGUUUCACUUUCUUGGAUUUUCAUUGUAUUACUGCUUUUGUUGACCAAACAAUGGGUGCAAUUGUUCUAAUUUAUUUUAAUGUAUUUAUUCAUUUUCAAGUUUCCUGUUAGUUUGCCUUUACAAAGUAGCUGUACACUGGAUAAAUUACUGUAAGGCAGCACAUAACCCAUACUGGUGAUUGAAGCAUCACUGUAGCAGUUCAGCAAGAAAGAGGCAAUUAAUCAUGCUUGGAUCUUGAAAUUACUAAUAUACUGUAUAACUACCUAAAUGUGUACUCUAAGUGUAAAAUGUUAUAGAAAGUCUAAAUUUUGUUUUGGCUACAGUAAUUUAAAUACAAUUAAUUUUGGAUGCCCUUUUAACCUGAUGCAUUGCCGUGUCUGAUGACAAACAAACCAAGAAAUAAAACUGAGAGUAUGCAGCUGA